AUGGAUUUUCAGACAUAUCUGGAGGAGAAGCUUCUCGCCCGAUCUGCCGAGGGCAGAUGCAAACUACAAAAGAAUGGGCAGAGGGAUUUUUGUAUAUUUGAGGGACCACAAAAUAGAGCCCAAGGUAGGGAAAUUACCGCAUGGAAAAGAGGAGCAAUAGACAGGAGCAAAUGGCAAACAAGGGAGAAUCUGUGGAGAUAUUCUAAGGAAAUAUGUAUCGGAUUAGAAGCUUGGUGGGCAGCUUUAGAGCAGAAGGAUAUAAACGGAGAGGUCUUUUAUAAGUCAGCGUGUAAACCCAACCAGGCUAAGGGAGUAGCUCUAGGAAGGUUGGAUCCAGGGAGUUGUCAAAUAGAAAUCAAGAAAUUGAAGUGGAAUUCCUUGCAACACCAGGUACAGUUGAACACCUGGCAGAAGAAUCACAGAUAUCUAGGAAUCUGCAUGGAUAUAGUCUCAAUGAUCUUGGAGCAUUUCCAGAUGUAUAGUUCAGGUACAAGAGACUCGAACGUCUUGAAGAGGCAGAAUCCCUGUAAUGCCUUAUAUAAAUCUUUAGAAGAAUGGGGAGGUGCCGAAGUGGCACAGGGAGUCUUAGAGGGUUGGUAUACCGACAAUAAUCAAAAGCAGAAGUCUAGUAUAGGAUUCCUGAUGACUGGGACGGAUCUCUAUGAGGUCAUUAGUGACUUAUUUUAUGAUGAUGAUAAGGGGGAUAGAGGAGUAUCUUGUGAAUUCUCCAGAGCGUCGGGUUUAGAGAACAACCAAGAGCAAGGGGAGUAUGAACUAAGACUAAGUACGGGACUAAAUCUGGGCAAAUGUGAUCAACAGGGCUCCUUGUGUGGAGUAAUAGGCCAAAACCCACACAACGGAGAUAGGAAUCUCCCAGGAAGAACAGGGUACUUCCAAGAACCCACGGCAGGAAACCAAAAUAACAGUAGUCAACAGAAGCCGGCUCAGGUGUCAACCGAAAGGAUUAGUCAGGCAGGUCCUGAUAACAUCACCGAGUAUCUCAGAAAUCAAGAUCCAACCGGAUCAACCGUCGCAACCAAUAGUACUAUGGAGACGUAUGGGCCGUCCCCUUGGGGAAAGAUGGUGGGGGGGGUAGCUAGCAUUCUGGGAGGUAUCGGAUCAGCCUAUGGGAUCUACCGCAUAUUCAGGAAAAGAAGGGUGACAAGGAGCACCUCCAGCAAGCAACCAGGAAUCAUUUCGCGGAUAAAGUAUCAGUCCAGUUGA